AAUAGCACCAACAAUCUCCAAUGAACAUCAAAGUUUUCCUUACAGAAAAUUUGUCAUCUCCUAUUUUCAUUCUAUCAACAUUUCUUUUCCUCUUUUUCCUCAUCAAACAAACCAAAUGGUUAUUUUCACAAAACAUCAUAAACCUCCCACCCGGUCCACCAAAGUUACCAAUCAUAGGAAACUUACAUCAAGUCGGUGACCAACUUCAUGUUUCCCUAGCCAAAUUUGCCCAAGAAUAUGGCCCUCUCAUAUCUCUUAAGUUAGGCACAAAAAUUCUUGUGGUUGCUUCUUCUCCAGAGGCAGCCAAGGGAAUUCUCAAGACUCAAGAUCGUCAUCUUUCAUCGCGUGUUGUCCCGACUGCCAUGCAACAAAAAUCCCUGCUACCUCACUCCAUUCUUUUUUCAGAAUGCAAUGAAUCAUGGAGAACUUUAAGAUCCCUUUGCCGGGCCGAAAUGUUUUCAUCUAAUGCCCUUGAAGCCCACUCUAGAUUACGCGAGGAAAAGAUCGAUCAGUUGUUGGAGUUCUUGCAUAAAAAACAAGGGCAAGUAAUUAAUGCUAGGGACAUAGUUUUUACUACGUUGUUCAACACUUUGAGUUGUAUUGUGUUUGGCAAAGAUUUUCUUGAUUUGGAAAAGGAAAAUGAGACUUUUGUUGGGGUGAAAAGGUCAAUACUUAUGAUACUUGAGUAUGUAUCCCGUGUAAAGGAUUUUGGGUCAUUUUUUCCUGUAUUUCAAAGAUUUGACCUUCAAGGAAUUAGAAAAGGAGGCAUGAAACACAUCCAGGAGGUGUUUGAUUUCUGGAAGGACACUAUAGAGGAACGAAAAGUUCAAAUGAGCUCUUCAACAUCGUCGUCACGGCAAUCAAAAUUUUUCUUGGAUCGCUUGCUUGAAAAUGGAUUCUCAGAUGAUCGGAUCAAUGAAUAUGUUACGGAGUUAUUUGUGGCUGGAACAAACACUACAACAACUUCAUUGGUAUGGGCGAUGGCCGAGAUAGUAAAAAACCAAGACGUCGUGAAAAGAAUUGAAGAAGAGAUGAAAAGAGAGAUCGGUUCGAAUAAAAUCAAGGUAUCUCAACUAUCUAAGUUACCUUAUCUACAAGCUUGUGUCAAAGAAUCUCUAAGAUUGCACCCACCUGUCCCUUUUCUACUUCCACGCCUUGCGGUCGAAACUUGUGAGGUGAUGAAUUACACCAUCCCUAAAAACGCUCAAAUAUUUGUUAACGUUUGGGCAAUCGGUCGAGAUCCUAAUGUUUGGGAUGACCCAUUAUCGUUCAAACCCGAAAGAUUUCUUGUCUCAGAUUUGGAUUUUAAAGGUCAAGAUUUUGAGUUAUUACCAUUCGGUUCCGGAAGGAGGAUUUGUCCUAGUUUACCGUUAGGUAGCAAGAGUAUGGAAUUUAUUAUAGCAUCUUUAGUUCAUGAGUUUGACUGGGUUCUUCCAGACAUUAAGGAUCCGUCACAGCUUGAUAUGGAGGAAAGAUUCCAGAUCACUUUGGGAAGGGAGAAACCUUUAAAACUAAUCUUUAAACAAAAACAGGGAUCAACAGAAGUGUAAGUUCAAUUCAUACAUUGUAUGUGCCUAAAUUAAAUAAAUGAAUACAUUUUCGUUUGCAA